UUGGAAGAACAGGGACCUUUAUUGCCCUAGACAACUUGGUGAGUCAGGCAAUAAAAGAAGGUUGUGUGCGACCGCUACAAACUGUGCAAACUUUAAGACGACAACGAGUAAACAUGGUUCAGACUAGAGAGCAGUACGUAUACGUGCAUGAAGCAGUCGCUGACGCCCUUUUGUUUGGUACACAUAUCGUAUGGGCAAAGCAGUUCGAAGAAAUGCUUGUAUUUAUGUUACAGAAAGAAAAGGGAGAUACCAGAACAAGAUUACAAGUACAGUUCGAGCUUAUUGAGAAGAGUAUGGCGAACGCCUCGUCUGAUGUUGCGGAGAGUCCAGAAUAUUCCAAUAUUGAGACGCUGCUGUCUGAAAGUGAUGCAUACAGACCAAAACUUAUGAACAGAGGAUCCAAAUUUGUGCAACAGUUGAGUGCCAUAUACAUCCCCAAUUACAAGGAAAAGAGUACAUUCUUGGUGUCGAUGUCCCCGGAUAAAGGUACAAUGGAAGAGUUCUGGUCACUAGUUGACGACAGCAACAUCAAAACAAUCAUAAUGCUGACAGAGCCAUCAACUACAUGUUACCGGUCUAGUUGUGAGCUAGGAUCGAGUGCAAACAGCGAAAAUAGAUUCAGCGUCAACAAAAUUGAGGAAAAGAUCAGGAAAGGCUACACAGAAAGGACUUUUACUUUCAAAGAAAGUGCUAGAGAGGAAGAGGAAAACCUUACAACAGUAAAGCAGUUUGAACACACAGCAUGGAAGGGUGGGUACACUGUUCCUGGUGACACAAAGUCCCUCCUAGACAUGAUAGAAUCUGUCCAAAAGUGGCAGCCACAUUUGUCUGAGUCUCAACCCAUACUGAUUCACUGCAGUGACGGUUGUUCAAGAUCUGGUAUAGUAUGUGUGCUACUUAAUGAGUUACAGAGGAUGAAAUAUGAAGGAGGUCACAUCAAUAUCGUGGAGUCUGUAAAGAUUAUGAAGAAAAGACAGAGUCACCUGAUCAGCAAUUAUGAACAAUACAAGUACUGUUUCGAUCUGAUUAUGGCUCACAUCCAGAUGUCGGAACUCUACCAAAACCUGUGAAUAUCUCAGUGAUAUGUGCUAUAAAAAUGACUACGUAUAAACAAUGUCGCAUUUGUAUACAUACAAUCAUGUUUCAAACAUGUAACAAUUUUAUGGUCAUUUCAGUUUGCUUGUAGGUAGUUCUUUAGUUCGGAAGAAACAAUUAAAUUGUUAGAUAUAUUAGAUAUAUUUAAUCAGAGUUUGGUAUGGGUUUACUUUUUUACUUUUUAUUAUUUCAAAUAGACAGUUUUAGUAUUAUCGUUGGAGAUAUGCGGAUAAGUGAGAUAAAAUGAAAUGUGUAAAUGGAUGAUUUAUCUAAUCAAACGAGUUCUUAAAGAUGACCAUCAUAUACCUGUUUCACGAGGUCCGUCUUCCUUAGUAGUUACUUUUUUAGUAUGAAGUAUGAUUUGAAGGUUACUGUUCAGUGGUCAUG